CUCUUGCCCCGACUUGAUGGCGUUACAAAGCCGCAGUAACUUCAUUGUACCAUCUUGUGGAAUUGAGGCCAUGGUUCUAUAAGUGCAGGACCAAUCACACGACGCACAGCCUCGGAGUCGCCGUCAGACGCUAGCUCGCGCGAUUGUCACAUCAGAAAGCCUGAGAUGGUAAGACCACCACACCGAGGCUGAACAAGAUGGUUUGGGCAUUGUGUUAAAAAAAGAUACCGGAUUGCUGUCAUCAUGGUUGUCUUCUGCGUCCUUUCAGCGAUAACAAGCCCUUCUUCAACAACAUCUACUACCCUUAUCAGGUGGACUGUCAGGGUGGCCAGACAUCUGUAGGGAUACCCUCGCUACUGAACUCUCCACAGAGCCAGCAGUCCAACCACAGCCAGCACACCGGCUCAGUGGCCACCAUGUCCACACAAGCCUCCGCUGGUGUGCCACUUCCACCCUUCAGGUUCCGCGUGCGGCGUGAGAGUGUGGACUGGCGGCGCAUCAGCGCUCUGGAUGUGGACCGCGUGGCCAGUGAGCUUGACUUCCAGACGCUCCAGGAGCACAUUGCGGGCGUCACGUUCUGCAGCAUCGAAGCCGAGCGGUGCCAGCGGUGUCAGGCCCCGGUGGACGGCGCUCUGCUCAAACUCUUUCGGCUUUCUCAGCUGACCGUGGAGUACCUGCUCCACUCGCAGGACUACCUGAGCCUCAGCCUGCAGGCUGCGGAGGACAGGGUCCAGGUGGAGCAGCGAGAGAAGGAGCAGAUGCACCUCACGCUUCAGAAGCACGCCGACGAGCUGAAGGCACUUAAAGAGGAACUCAAGCAGAGGAAGAAGAUCAUCACUUCACAGCAGGCCAUGAUCAGCACAGGCCUCGCAAGCUACCACAAGUGCCACCACUGUGACAAAGCGUUCAUGAAUGCCACAUUCCUACACAGCCACAUGCAGCGGAGACACCCUGAGGAUUAUGACAUCAAGCUUCUGACAGACGCCCAGAAGAAGGUGCAGUCCGUGCGUUUCCAGGAGGAGAUCGACCGGCUGAAGGAUCAGCUCUCUCUGACUCGCUCUCAGCUAGAGAUGCAGCAGCAGACCUAUUUGGCUAAGGCUACUCAGGAGAAAGACCAGAGUGAGAAGCAGGAGGAGCUCAUGCGGGACCUGGAGGCAUGGAAGGCUGAGGAGAGGACGACCAUGGAUAGACGGAUAGAGGAAAUCAGGCAACACUGUCAGCGAGAUGUUGAUAGGCUUUAUCAGAAAAACACCAUGCUGGAGCAGCAAUUAGCAAAGGUCCAGGAGACCAAACGAGAGCUGGUGACCAGGACUGAAGAGGAGAAGCAGGGGUCCACCCACAGAGAGACAAAGAGGAGGACCACACAUCCAGACACUCUUCAUGAGGACACACACACGCUGGGCAAGCAUGCCAAACAGCAGCAGGAAAUCAUCAGUCUGGAGCAGAAGCUGCAGACACAGGAGGAGAAGUGGACCUACAGAUUGCUGAAAAUCCAAAAGGAACAUGAGACAGCGAAGAAUCAGCUUACUGAGGACAUGCAACGCCUGCAGAAGAGUUUGACUGAACAGAGUCGUAGGCCAACAAAGCAACUGGACAAUCAGCCGCUGAAGCAGGGAAAGGACCUUCGCCAUCAGGCCCUGCAGGUGAAGAAGGUUUCUGCAAGCCCUCCUACGGUUGUUGUGAAACAUGAAGUCACAACCCCAGAACCCAAAGUCCAGCCAGUCAUGCCAGAUUCUUCAAGUAUAUCAGAGAAGGAAACCAUUUCACAUGAAGUUCAGGAGAGGGUGAAAGAGUUCCUGAAAAACCCAGCAGCUAAGCGAGAGAUGAGGGAGAUUGUGGAACAGACCCUUGGGGAUGAGCUUCAUUCUCUGGGCAUUAGAUCAGAAACGCGAGGCCUUUCUCAAGGAGAGUAUGACCGCAUUAUGAUGGAAGUCGGUCAGAAGAGAAGCGGUGGGGUCAAGGGCAGUCCUCGGGGCCAGCGUAUCCGAGCGGAGAUCUCACACAGACUGGACCAGAGGGUGCAGGACAGACUAGCGGGCUGCAGCUCCGUCCCAGAGAAGCAACACAGAACUAAAGACACUCCAGUGGCUCGGCCAAGGACCGUGUCCAGCAGUGUGCAGUCUAAAGGAGGAAGUCGGACGAUUUCAGAUGCUCCAGCCAAACAGUUGCAGACUCCAAAAGCAUCUAACAUUACCAGGACAAAAGCCCAACCCACCACUUCCACACCUAAGGCACAUCCAGUCAGUUCAGAUGACGAGUCUGAAGAAGGGUUGGUGCCGCAAAGCUCAAAGAAAAGCUCCUCUGUCAGAAACCAGCCCAUGCCAGUCCCCAGGGGAAACGCCCCACAGGUGGUGGUCUGCAGAGAGCGCUCCAGCACUUCGGUGGACAAUGAUGGAGGUUGGACUGAGGGCAGCGAGCUGGAGGAGAUCGAUACGCAGAAUUCCGGUCCGAUGAACCGCAGUGCGUCUGGAAAGAAGGCUCUCGGCCAUCACGUGAAAGACUUAACAAGGAACCUUGAGAACCUGCUGGCUGACCAAGGGCCGGCACCACUGGCAGGGAGCAUUAACACGAUCAACACAGCGAAUUAUUUUGGGACCCACAAUAACAUGAAAUCUAUUCCCAAGAGCAAGGACGUUGUGGAAGAACUCAAGAACGGGAAGGAUGCUGAUGAGGAUGAUGACGACGACUGGGAUAUCUCAUCUCUGGACGAUGUUUCUAAGCCUAAUUCAAGCCUCACCAUGGUCCAGAAGACUUUGGACUCUUCCAGUACGAGUGUGUGGGGUCCCUCCACUGGCCUCAGCCCAAAACCUGGCCUGACAGAGGUUGGCACAGGAAGCACUCUGAAGAGUAGUCUGGUGUCCGUCAGUGACUGGAGCAGUUCGGAAGAUGAAUAGGUUAUAUUUCUUACAGAUUAUGAAUUAAACUCCACAGACACGCACAAAAAAUAAAUACUUCAUAUUUGCAUUUGCCAUUUAUAGAUUUUUGUCACCUCUGAUGUCUAGAUGAUAUUUUUCUGUAGAUUUUGUGAAUAUGGUAUAUCAUGUAUAAAUAUGAUUUUAUUUUUUUACAAGUGAAGCUUUCUUUCUUAAAGCACUUUAUACUAACAGACACAACAUUUCUUUUUAAAUACAACAAAAUGAUUUAGCAAUUAAAUCCACGCAGGUAGUGUUCAGAGCAGAGGUGAAAAGGUCUCUUGUGGACAGGGCCUCCUCAGGUAAUAAACGUGCUGCUGUCCGAGUCUUUACAGACUCAAGUUGUUGUGGGCCAUGCACUCAGACAAACGAGUCCCUCCCGCGCGGUUGCUUAGUCCGAGAGCUGCGGGUCUCCUGGCUCGACAGGCUGACCUGACCAGAGAACAGCGGUGGCACCGGAGUGGGCCGUCUGGAAGAUCCGGAGAAAGUUAGCGCUGGUCUGGACGAUCCUGGGAGCAUGUAUGUCCGCGUGCGUGCUGUGACGUAGGACCUGGAUCGUACUGUAGCGUAGGACCUGGGUUGACGUUUAUUUCCACUAAUGAACAGAUUUUUGAGGAAAGACAUGAAUGAGUUCUAUUGUAUUAUUAACAUGACAGUAUACAGAAAUUAAUAUUGGUGAUUAUUUAUAUCCAUUGUGUGUGUGUAUGUGUGUGUGUAUGUAUGUAUAAAUAAUAAAGUUGAAAUAAAAUUGAA